AUGCACAAAGUCAAAGGCCACCACGACGGUCCUGUCCAUCCUCUUGACGACGAACCUCUCCACCAGCACCGACCGGCCGGCCACCUUCUCGGCCUCCUCCUCCUCGUCGACCCACCCGCCCCUGUACUCCUCCCACCGCAUCCUCUCCCACACGCUCGCGCACACCCCCACACUCUGCCCGGCCACGGCUCUGAACCACACGUACCCGUCACCGUGCCGCGAGGCGCCGCUGGACACCUCCUGCCUCGCCUCCAGGCUGCCGCCGAUGAACACCUUCCUGCUGUAGAGCUUAGAGCCGCUGUGGGUGUCGUGGACCGGCUCCCAGCGCUGCUCGAGCGCCACCUCGUAGAAGGCGGCACGGUCCAUCUGCUCGGACGGGGACAUGCCAUCUUCUUUGAUGAGAUAGAACGGGCAGUACCAUUUUCCGACAGCCGUCGACACCGCCGUCGCCGCGGGGAAGGCGUCGAGGAGGCUCGCGUCGGCGAGCUGGCGCGACCGGAGCGCCACGUUGAGGCCCGGCGCGUCGCCGAGGUCGAGGUGGUUCUUGGUGGGCUUGGAGGCGUACACGCGCCAAUACUUCUUGCGGUAGAGGUAGUUGGGGAAGCCGUCGGCGGCGACGGCCUUGGCCGUGAACCUGCCGCGGCGGCGCUGGACGAUCUCGAUCUUCUGGUAGAGGUCGGCCGGAUCGAACGGCUGCGGCUUGACGUCGUUGAUGCAGCGGCAGAAGCAGCACGGGGUCAUGUCCUCCUCGCGGGAGCAGGCCCGGACGAGCCCCUUGCGCUUGCCCGAGGCGACGACGGCGUAGUAGCGGUUGGAGGCGACGGGCUGGUCGGGGACGGGCACGAAGACGACGGAGUCGGUGUAGGUGGUGCUGCUCUGCCCGUGGUGCUCCGUGUAGCGGAGCGUGAGCACGCGGUUCUGCGGGAACGGGAGGUCGCGCACGCGCGUCCCGCCGCACUGCCCCCAGCAGCACGUCUCGUCGUCGUCCCCGUCGUCGUCGCCCUUGACGACGAGGUAGCCCGAGUUCCGGCCGUCGGGCGGCGGCCAGGAAGCCGCCUCCGGGUGGCUCAUGAAGAGAGAGAGCGGCUUGGUCGCGUACAUGGCUCCUUGAUUUUCUGCUUCUUGUGUGUGUCCUUCAAGUUUACUUUUGCAUAUAUACAUACAGUACGGGUACGGCACUGA